AUCCAAGAUGGCGUCCUGCUAAGUUUGCCUUCAUCGAGCUCCGCUGACUAAUUCACUUUUAACAGCUAAACUGCUAUAUUAAUAAUCUCGUUCCGUGUCUUUGCUUACAUAAGUACUUAAUACAUCCCUCGAUAGCGUACAGAUGAAAUCUGCCGCAGACAAAAGGAAAGAAAAAGAAAUGUCGCGAGCUUCACGUGUGUCCGAAAAUGUGAACCUCCACAGUUAUUCGUCUCCCGGGGAUAUCCUCUUAUCUACUCCGUUUCCUGAGAGCCCAGGUAAGCCCCCUUCUAAGAAAGGGAAAGCAGAAGACGACGCCGUGAUUUCCACUCUCUCACAGCUAAUAAAUAAUCGCUCGGAUGCCCUGGAGAAAAUGGUGGGGGAUAAUGCGCUUAAAAUUGAAGGGCUAAAAAAGACGGUGGAUUUUGUUUGUGCUGAGUUGAAUGAUAUUAAGGGGAAAGUCGGCCACGUCGAAACCAGACUAAAUGCUGAAGAAAAGAAGAUGGAGAUCUGCGAAACAAGAAUUACUGACUUGGAGAGAUACUCUCGCCGAUGGAAUCUGCGUUUACAUGGAGUACCUGAAAAGGAAAAUGAAAACACUAGAUCCGAGUCUAUUCGCAUUUGUCUGGCCACCUUUCCAGAGGAGAGCAAAUCUCUUCCAGAUAAAAUUGACACUGUCCACCGCAUUGGGAAAAGACUUCCGAAUAUGUCAAAACCGCGCGCGAUCAUUAUUCAGUUUUCCUCACGUGUGAUGAGAGAUGGUGUGUGGAGGGCGGCAAAAUCGUCAGAGUUCCUGCGGGCGAACGGUUUUCGUUUUACUGAGGAUCUCACUACCUAUGACCGAGAAAGGAGGCGAUUGCUGUGGCCGGCCGUCGAAAAAGCCCGCAAGGAGGGGAAAAGGGCGCACUUUGUCGGACAUCAUGCAUUCAUCGAGGGCUCUGAAAUUAACCCUAUAAUCCCACUCUGUUGCCAGUGAUACUGCAUUUUGGAAAAAUCAGUGGAACAAUGAUGUUUGGAUGGCUCACGGUUCGGAGCGUUUAGCUGGAGUUCUGACUUUAAAAAACCUUUUUGCUGGGGAAGUUUUGCACGUCUUUAGUGACCCGAAUGGACAUUUUCUGCUUAUGGUCAUUUGUUUAAAGAACACUGUGGUAAUACUAAUUAAUAUCUACGGGUAUAAUAGUUCUCAUGAGAACGAUCUACUGAUUGAUGCAAUAGAAGGGAAGAUUCUGCUGUGGCUUAAUGCAUACCCAAGUGCCUUAGUUUUCAUUGGUGGAGACUUUAAUAUUGUACCUGAUAAUAAUCUCGAUAGACUGCCACCUAAACAGACUACUUCUGCUAAUUCUAAAUUAAAGCUUUUAAUGGAUAAAUUUGAUAUUAUUGAUAUUUGGAGGGAGACAUUUCCGAAUACUAAAUCCUAUACCUGGAGUAACAAAAACUGCUCUAGACAAUCCCGAAUAGAUUUCUGGCUUGUUUCACAAUCUGUUAGGGACUUUAAUGUUUCUGUUAGUAUUCUCCCUUCUCCCAUGACUGACCAUAAAGCAAUUCUCAUUCAAUGUCCUCUAUCUUCAGAUAUCUCUUCUUCAAAAUCUAGAGACUCUUAUUGGAAGCUUAAUUCUUCUUUGCUUAAACAUGAUCAAUUAAGGGAAAACAUUUUAUAUUUGAUUGAUAAUUACUGGAUCAAAGCACAAAAAGAAAAUAAAUACGGCCUCAAUUGGGAACUACUAAAACACGAAAUUAGCAAAUGUGCUAGGAAUUUUGGCAGCCUUCUAGCUAAACGUAAAAGACUUAAAGAGGAGACUGUCAUUUCCAAAAUAAUGACACUCUCUGAUAAAAUGCAGUUUGGUUUAUCAGAAACUGAAUUGGCAGAAUUUAUUGAUCUGCAAACUCAGUUAGACUCAAUAUAUAAAAAUAAGGCAGAGGGCGCUUUCAUUCGCUCUAGAAGAAGGUGGCUAGAACAAGGAGAACAUAGCACAGCCUACUUCUUCAGAAUGGAAAAGAAUAACUGUAGAAAUUUAACUAUUAACUCUCUAAAUUUAAAUGGUAAGAUUAGUUCUGAUCCUAAGGAAAUCGGCACAUUUUGUGCAAACUUCUACUCAAAUCUUUAUAACACUAAGUAUUGCAAAGACUCCGCUUUGUCAUUUUUCCAGUCUCUGAAAGAUGUUAGGACAUUAUCUAAUGCAGAUAAGAUCACCUGCGAUAGAGAUAUAUCCAUUGAUGAAAUAAUUGAAUCUAUUGAAUCUCUUAAGAACAAUAAGUCUCCGGGCACAGAUGGGCUGACAGCCGAAUUGUACAAAAGUUUUGCUCAAAAGUUGGCACCUUUCUUGCGUGAGACUUAUUUGGAGAGUAUUGCGUCUGAGACACUUCCGCCUACUUUAUCACAGGGAUUACUUACUUUAAUACCCAAACCUAAGAAAGACAUUCUUUUGAUUGAUAACUGGCGUCCAAUUUGCUUAUUAAAUUGUGACUAUAAAAUAUUAGCUUUGUUACUGGCCAAAAGAAUUAAACCAGUUCUGAGUACAAUAAUAGAUGAGACUCAAUCAGGUUUCAUCCCAAAGAGGCAUAUUGCUAACAAUAUACGCCUUGUUUUAGAUCUGUUGGACUAUGAUGAACUGAUAAGAGACGAAAGUUUUAUUCUUUUUUUAGAUUUUUACAAAGCCUUUGAUUCCCUUGAACAUGAAUUUAUUUUGCAAUCCCUGUA